GAACUGGAGAGUUUCCAAGCUAGAGGCUUCGAGGAUGGCGGCGCGCAAGGGUCGGCGGCGCACGUGUGAAACCGAGGAGCCCAUGGAGGCCGAGUCCCGCGACGCUGGGUCCGAGGGCCCGACCCAGGUCUAUCUGCCCGGCCGGGGACCGCCGCUGCGCGAAGGAGAGGAGCUGGUCAUGGACGAGGAGGCCUACGUGCUGUACCACCGAGCGCAGACCGGCGCCCCCUGUCUCAGCUUUGACAUCGUCCGGGACCACCUGGGGGACAAUCGCUCCGAGCUUCCUCUGACACUUUACCUGUGUGCCGGGACCCAGGCGGAGAGCGCCCAGAGCAACAGAUUGAUGAUGCUUCGGAUGCACAAUCUGCACGGGACCAAGCCCCCGCCCUCAGAGGGCAGCGAUGAAGAGGAGGAGGAAGAUGAAGAGGAGGAGGAAGAUCGGAAGCCUCAGCUGGAGCUGGCCAUGGUGCCCCACUACGGCGGCAUCAACCGAGUCCGGGUGUCUUGGCUGGGCGAGGAGCCGGUGGCUGGGGUGUGGUCAGAGAAGGGCCAGGUGGAGGUGUUCGCGCUGCGGCGGCUUCUGCAGGUGGUCGAUGACCCCCAGGCCCUGGCCGCCUUCCUCCGGGACGAGCAGGCUCGCGUGAAGCCUAUCUUCGCCUUCGCUGGCCACAUGGGCGAGGGCUUUGCCCUGGACUGGUCCCCCCGUGUGCCCGGGCGCCUGCUGACCGGUGACUGUCAGAAGAACAUCCACCUCUGGACGCCCACGGACGGCGGCUCCUGGCAUGUAGACCAGCGGCCAUUCGUGGGCCACACACGCUCCGUGGAGGACUUGCAGUGGUCCCCGACCGAGGACACGGUAUUCGGCUCCUGCUCAGCUGACGCCUCCAUUCGCAUCUGGGACAUCCGGGCCGCCCCCAGCAAGGCCUGCAUGCUCACCACUGCCGCCGCCCACGAUGGGGACGUCAACGUCAUCAACUGGAGCCGCCGGGAGCCCUUCCUGCUCAGCGGCGGGGAUGACGGGGCCCUCAAGGUGUGGGACCUGCGGCAGUUCAAGUCUGGCUCCCCGGUGGCCACUUUCAAGCAGCACGUGGCCCCCGUGACCUCCGUCGAGUGGCACCCCCAGGACAGCGGGGUCUUCGCAGCCUCGGGUGCAGACAACCAGAUCACACAGUGGGACCUGGCCGUGGAGCGGGACCCCGAGGCGGGCGACGCGGAGACCGACCCCGGGCUGGCGGACCUCCCCCAGCAGCUGCUGUUUGUGCACCAGGGCGAGACCGACCUGAAGGAGCUGCACUGGCACCCGCAGUGCCCCGGGGUCCUGGUCAGCACCGCCCUGUCCGGCUUCACCGUCUUCCGCACCAUCAGCGUCUGAGCGCGGCCUGGCAGCUGACGGUGAGGGUGGUUUCCUGGAAGGGACUCGCUCAGAUCUGCGGACCGGCCCUCCUCCAAACAAGGACUUCGCUCGGCCUGUUGGCCACCAGCAUGGAUUCUGCUUGACUUGCUGUUCUUUAAAGGGCCUUGGUUUGGUCUGAGGACCCCUCCAGCCGCGGGACUUGGUUUGAUCCAUGGCGCUCUGAGACAGCGGUCGCCAGCCUUCCGGACCUCGCGGAGCACCACUGGCUGGCGACCACUGCUCUCAAACCCCUGGGUUUGGCUCCAGCAGCCCCACCCAUCCAGAGACGUGGUGCAGCCCAGGGACUCACCCCCACCCUUCAGGGGACGCUGUUGGCCCAUUUCGAAGGUGGGCCUGUGUGGCCCCGAUUACUAGGGAUAUUUUGUCAGCUGAGGCACUUGGCUUGACCCUUUGACCUCAGGGAACUCAAGUGCUUUGCAAUGACUGGACCGAGUUUGAGGGGUGGGUCCCCCCGGAGGGUUAAGUUUUGCCAGGACUCCCCAGUGGGGGCUGCGUGGGCUUUCUCCCCUCCUCUGUGCUGAAGGCAGGCACUGUGGAGGGAGGAAAGUCGGGGGGGGGGGCCCUAAGAGCCAAUAAAGGAGGGAAUAGGCCUGAUGUCUGAGACUCGUCCUCCUGGCCGCUUCCCUGAGAGGAGACGGGGAGGAGCCGGAAUCUGGCAGCUGCUCCAGCCCUCACCCCAUUGGGUGCAACCCCAGUCUGCCUUCCCUACAUUUGAUUCCAUCCGGGACUCACUCCGGGUCUCCGGAGGGCAUCUCACCUGUGACCCCCAACUUUUUAAGGCUUUGUCUCAGAACCAGGCCCCCCCAUUUCUCCUUCAGUCACUGUCUCCUUUAUCCUAAUCUCACCCCGUUUGGUCCCUCAUCCAUGUCCCCAGCUUCCCGUGUCUCCUGGCCCCCAGGCUCUGUCCCUCCCCCUCCUGUGUCUCUGCCACCUCUCCAGCUUCCUGGGCUGCAGCCCAGCCGCCUGCCUGGCUGUCAUCCCUGGCUCCCCCUCUGCGGCUCUGAGCUGGCCCCACCCCCUGUCCCCCCCUCGGGCCAGGCCUCUGAUCCGCCUGUGGACACAGAGGUUGGGCGUCCGGCACAAGGCCCCUGGGGCUGAGGACAGACCGCAGCCAUCAGCACCCACCGAGGAGCCCCCCGUGGAGGGUAUGGGGGUGGGCCGCCCCACCAGGUACGUGCUCCAUGCAGAGGCCUGGGCCGGGGUCCCGGGCUGAGGGCCACCCCACCUCCUCCCACCCCCUGCUUGCUUGGGCAUCUGCUCCAGCACCCCUGCCCCCCAUGCUUGCUGUUCCCACUCCCCCUCGGAGAGGUCCAGUCUUACCCUCGGUGACGGUCCAGCCCCAGAACAAUUGCUCCCUUCAAGUUUGGUGCCUCCGACUGACCCCAUCCGCAUUUUGUGCUUUUUUUCACUGCCCCCCUCCCCCCCGCAUCCUCCAUCUCAACGGAGCCUCUUUCUUGCCCCGUCUCUGUGUCUUCCGUUGGUCUCUGCCUUCCAUCUCCCAUCUUGCCCUUUCCUAAGACACGAUCUCCAUGACUUGCCCAGUUGCUCCUCAUCUGCCUGUGUUGCUGUUCUCUCUCCCUGGGUCUCUGUCCCCCACCCAUCUCCCCAUUGUCUGUCUGCUUCCCUCUGAGCCUCUGGGUCCCUGUCACUCUGUCUGUCCCUCUCUCUCUGUCCCUAUGCCCGUCCCUCUGGGUCUCUCCACGCCCCCCCCCCCCCCAAUCUCGGUUCUCUCUCUUUCUCAGGCUCCCUCUCUUCCUGCUCAUCUCCGAUCCUGUGCCCUUGUCUUGGCCCAGGCUCUGCCCCCACACUCCCUCCUGUCAGUCUCUGCCCCCCAGCCUGCUUCCCAGACCCCACGGGGAGUGAGGGCGGGGGACAUACCGGCUCUCGGGGAAGUGUGCGAGUGUUUCUUGGGGGAGGAAGGGAGGGAGGCUGGGCCUGGGCGGAGCCUCUUGGCCUCAGAUUAGGCAGUGACUUUGACCGAAGUUAAGGCACCUUAAGCCCCCAUCUCCUUUAUAUGGAACGUUAAGCUGCUCUCCUGGGGCAGGUCAGGGGGGGCGGGGAGGACUUAGGCUCUGGAGCCUUUCCCUCCAGCCUGCUCUGCGGGGCAGGGGGCGCCCUGAGUCCGAGGAGCACCCGCCCAUGGGAGCUGGGCCAUGGGUGCAGGCAGGAGGGGAAGCCCCUGCCCCGUCUGCGUGGGAAACGGACUCGGUCCUGUCGGCCUUGGGCUGAGUGUGGGCCUCGGUUUACUUGGGAGGCAGAGUCCUGGGUUGGGAAGGCUCAGAACCCAAACUGGCACCCACCCUCACACUGCCUGGGUCUGGCCGGGUCUCAGCCUGUGGCCCAGAGCCGUGACCCUGACCUCCCAGCAUCCUGAGCGGUGGGGUCCGGUGGAGCCCAGGGCGUGGGCGGGGACACCCAAGGAGCUCUCCUGGGGCCCAGCACAGGGCAGGUGCUCAGACCCGCCUAUGACAAGGGGCCCGUGCUCCGAGGCUCCGGCUUCGGCACCCAAGGGCCCAGGUGGGAGGGACCUGAGCCAAGGGACGGACCAGUGG